GCCUUUUGGUGAGCGUUUAACAAUGAUUUAUUGAAUGAAAGAAAGAAAUAGUCCACGGCGCUCUGCUCUCUGUCCUGACAUGACCAAUCACAAAGCGCUUGGAUUUGUCGCUCAGCGCCAGUAUCCCGCCUCUCUGUGCGGUUGUCUGGAAAAUCAGGAUUUUUACCCUCCAGUAACUCCCCGGAUCGGGUUUGGAAAACGGACAUGCGCCGUGAGAGCUAGUUGCCUUCUACUAAAGCAUCCGCCCUCAGUCCUUCCUGAGGGCUUACAGGGAAGCGCGGACUUUUACAGCUCAUACUCUUCACAGAUUAGAUAAUUCACCCGGUAUUUCCCCAUCCUGCUUCUGGGUUCCAGCACAAACCUUUUAUUCUCUUUUAACAUUAAAAAAUAUAUAGGAAGUUAUGUUCAAACAUGGCUAUUUUCAUUAAAAUUUAUCCGGCACUGUGAAAGCUACCUUUCCUUUCCCACAAUCUUUCGCACCGAAUAUAUGUUCCAUUCUUGAACUAGUCAUUUUCCAAUGUUAAGAAAUCAUACCACAGAAAAGCGUGUUUUUUUUCUCUCGGUCAGUUCAACUGCCUAGCACCGUGAGUUACCAUGAUUCGUUACUUGCUAAUCAGAGUCAUUGGGUUCCCAGCCUUUAAGUAGCCUGCGUCCGGCGCCAUUUUUGUUUUGGGCCCACUUUGAAAGCCGCGAUAUUCUGAACAGAGGCCAUUUUUCUUUGGGGCAGAUUCCACGGGCCAUCGAAGUGUUUCGCUGCCAUCUUAAAUCCUGGCUGUGGCCUCAAUCCAGCAGCGAAGCUGCCCAGAUUAUUUUGUGUUUGGGCGGCGGCUGAGUUCCCAAACGCGCGCGGAGACCCUGGGAAGGAGGAAGUAAGCGCGAAAGUGCUUCCCUUAAGCUUCUGAAGGUUGGCUGCAGUUCCGGCUACCUGUGUAGUCCGGGUGUCCACAGCCAGGCACUACUCCGCCAGUGACCCUGGACAGUAACAAAACAUAUAAAAGCCCGAGCCCAAACCCCGCCACCAUCAUAGGUCUGUAGUUACUGUGGAAUCAAUAAGCCAUGGCAUCUAAGAAAUUUGCUGUUAAAUGUGGGAAUUUUGCUGUCCUCGUGGAUCUUCAUAUCUUGCCACAAGGUUCAAACAAAGAUACAAGCUGGUUUUCUGAACAGAAGAAAGAGGAAGUCUGUUUACUGUUAAAAGAAACCAUUGAUUCAAGAGUUCAGGAGUACUUGGAAGUUCGCAAACAGCACAGGCCAUCAAAUGCAGAAUUCACAAGAUCCAAUCCCUUGUCCUUAAAAGGUUAUGGCUUUCAAAUCACAGCCUAUUUCCUCAAGAGAGGGAUACGCCUUCGCUGCAUCAGGAGCACACAGAAUGCUGAACUCUGUGUAUUCCCUGACAGAUUUGUGGUUUGUGUCAGUCAGCUUGCAUUCAGUCGUGAUCUUUUAGCAAAUCAGAAUGAAGAUUUGACAGAAAGAGUUCUCCAUGGAGUGUCUGAUUACUUUGCUGAGUGUGCAGAGAGUUCACUUCCUCCCAGUGCAAAGCUCCGGAGAAAUGCUCUGAAAGAAAUCGUGAAAAGAACUGAAACAAAAAGCAGUGUCACGAGCAAAUCGCAGACCAGAAGAGACACUGUGGAAACAUCUAGUGACUCAGUGAUUGCAGAGAUAGCAAGGAGGAGGAAUGAUGGUCAGGCUUCCUCCAGUCCCCCAUCAGAAUCCAUGGGACAAGCAAAGGAUUACAUAAAGGCAGCUGAGAGCCACUGGGGGCUUCCUGUUCAAAAGCUGGAAAAAGUUAAUCAGACCCAGCCAGAAGACACUAGUGGCCAGCAAAAACCUCAUCCUGGGGAGCGGUUAAAGACAGGGCUUCUAAGCAGGAGCCCCGUCUGUAGCUGUGAGUCAGCAUCACCAUGUCCAAAACAAAGUCCACGAGUGGCCAAAACCCAACAGAAACGCAGGAACCGCAGCUCUGCGGAAGACUUCGACCACCACAGGAGAGUUUCUCUUGGAAGUGAUCGAUUAGUCCCGAGAGAAAUAAUAGUGGAAAAAAGCAAAGCUGUCAGGGUUUUGCCAGCUUCAGAGUUGUCAGAUCCAGGAUUACUUUUGAAACAAGAUUUGGCAAAAACCACGUCUAAGGAAGAGUUGCAUGUUUUGGAAAGUCUCUCCUCCAGAUAUCUUAUGAAAAAUAACCCAGGGCAGGCACAGCAAACCGGCUUAGCCACAAACACUGAAAGAUUAUCUACAAUUCAGAACAGCCCAACCAAGAAAAGAAAGAAAUACGAAAGAGGCCAUUAACACCGAAGAGGAUUGCACCGUUGGAGUUGAGGACAUAGUGGCCAAACCUGUGACAAGAGAGCUGCGAAUAUAGAUGCCGGGAUUUUAAAGGAAUUAAUUAGAAUGACCAAUUUAAAUAGGAAGUGUGUUAUCUGUGUUAUGGCUAUGGUUUGUUUUCAAAGCAUUUCAAACCGGGAGGCUAUAUGCUUGUUCUAACAGCGUUGCUUCUUUAUCAUUGUAUUUUAUGACUGUCUUCAGAGAAUUAGUAAUGACAAAGAGCCAUCCACCUUGUCAGGGAGGAGACUGUGCAAGGACUGCAUGAAGAAACUGAUCAUGAGCCCCUUCUUGGCACAUCACUGUGCAGACAACACAAUGGACCAUGCAAAGACAGUGCUGCCGUGCUGCCAUUCAGCUCCAGGGGUACAAUCCAUCCCCCUGCUCCUCAGCCUGAGUAGGAGGGCAGUGAAAGAACAAGCUAGUGGUUCUUAGCGUGUGGUCCUGGGACCAGCUUCGUUGUCUGGAAAUGUGCUAGAAAUGUGGUUAUUGGGCCCUGCCCCAUGCUGAGUAACUGCCUUUGGGUGAUUCUGAAACAUGUUCGAGUUUGAGAACCACUGGACUAAUAGAACACUCCCCAGUGCUUCCUCCAGCCUGGCUGCCAUGGCCUCCAGCUCACCAGUUGGGGCCAGAUGUGCACAUGCAUCCCCUCGGACUCCCUCAAACUUGUAAAACACUUGGGUUUGGUGUAUGGGUCACUCUCUUCCGGGUUCUACAGUAUGGCAGCCAUGGCACCCAUGAAGGUGUUACUUUCCCUUAUAAUUGUUGAAGUCGAUGGGCAAUUCUGCCCAACCUUAGGAGAAGACAUCAGAGAGGCUCGUUGUUGCCUGUAGCUCAAGCAUGUCACAGUCCCUGCUCUUGCACCCACCUCCAGGAUUUUGGUUUGAGACAGACUAUAACCUAACAGGAACUCAGUGACCAGGUUCCAGUUUCCCAGUUGGAAGGCUUCGCAGGCAGUUCAAAUUUCAAGAUGGGAGCCUUCCCUUUACAAUGUCACCCACUGUCUCCAUUGGGCUUGCUGAAAUGUCACAUAAUGAAUUAUAGCAAUGACUUAUUUUGGAUGGACACCCGCUAAAAAUUUCCAAUAACCGAAUUUCACUCUAAAAUAGGAAAGAAACAAUAUUCAAGGUCCAUUCAUUCAAUACAUCUUUUUUUUUUCUGUUCAACAUGGGGUGGUCCUUUGAAAUGGCACCUCCCCUAAGUAAUAAGGAAAACCAAGUAUAUUCCCUAAAGUGUUGAAGUUAGCAGAAAAAUCACCCAGAAAAGCCCAAAACAAUGACAAGAGUACAGAAACAGGCAUAGUGUAGGUUCAUGCUUGAGAUGGAUUAGUGGUUUAUUCCAUCCCGUUCUAUCCUUUCCCGUAUCUCCUGUCUCCACUUGUUAAGACCAGUAAGACUCAUGAAGCAGCAGCUAUAUUUCAUGGCACCAUUUUGGGUCAUGAAAUUCCAUCUUGGUCACCAAGCCUGACUGUGGUGGUAGAUACUGUUACUUUAAUGUUCCAAACCCUGCCUAGAAACCUGUUCCUGUCCCAUGAUCCCAGCCUCACCACCCCCACUUGAAACAGCCCUGCCUACUGGUGUCCUGUCCUCUUCCCUCUUGGCUUUUUUCCUGCUCCCAGCGGAACCCAGUCAAGGGAUUCUAUAGGAGAAGAGGGAGCCCAACAGAAUACUAACUUCAGUGGAGCUGACUCUGCUUAUACAAUAGGGGUGGGCUGCACAGAGUGGAAACCGAGUACCUGGUAGAAUGUGCAUUUCCAUGGCCCACUGUAGGCCCCUCUCUUAGAGCAAACAGUAUUUUAGGUGUGCUCUUUAUUGAACACAGGGCCACAGUGUGUCAUUGAAUCUUCUUAAACAGAAGCAAUUAGAAUGAUUUAGAUAUAGGGAGGGCACAGGUAAUAAGUAACCCAGGGGAUAGACCAAGAAGCAGCUCUCUGGAAGAGUCUGGAAUUAAAAAGACAGCUGUACUAGAACAAUAGCCUCUGCCUGCUCCAGAACUAGGGGGGAGAUAUUUGAGCUGGAGCCACCAGAGAAUAUUUCUAUUGAGAAGUUUUUAUUUGUUUGUUCUGUUGGUUUUUUGUUGUUUUUGUUUUCUUCUAAUCUUUCUCUGAAGUAUCACUCUGGUAUUGAGAAAUUUUUAUUUCAUUAGCUAACCUGAGGUUGGUGGUUAAGGCUAGUACUUGUACUUAGAAUGAUUCUCUGUCAGGAAAAGUCUUGGCUUUAGAGUUUGUUAUAGUUGGGGAUAUAACAAUUACUGUGAUCUAAGAGAAAAAAUAGCACCUUUGGUUGUAGAUAGAUGUAGUUUUCCUCACAGCCCUCACAUCCCUUCAUGUAAAAGGGAUUUUAACAGGAUUUACGGAGGGAAUGGCUCUCAGUUCCCACACUGUGACAUGUGUUUGAGGAAUUUUGCCUUUAAGCAUUUUUCUUGCACAUGGCUGAAACACCCCUGGCUCUCUUGUUAUUUGAGUGGUUGCAUGAUUCUUUGGAUAUUUGGAAGUACAAAGGGGUAAAUGGAUGCCAGGGGUUUUUUGUUGUUGUUGCUUAUUAGGUAAGAUAUGAAGAGUUCUCACUGUUGGGAAUGGUAUGUGUUUUGACAUUCUUUUUUUUUUUUUUGAGACAGAGUCUCGCUCUGUUGCCCAGGCUGGAGUGCAGUGGCGCGAUCUUGGCUCACUGCAAGCUCCACCUCCCGGGUUCACGUCAUUCUCCUGUCUCAACCUCCUGAGUAGCUGGGACUACAGACGCUCGCCACCACGCCCGGCUAAUUUUUUGUAUUUUUUUUUUUUUUUUUUUUUUUUUUACCAGAAACGGGUUUUCACCAUGUUGGCCAGGGUGGUCUCGAUCUCCUGACCUCAUGAUCCGCCCGCCUCGGCCUCCCAAAGUGCUGGGAUUACAGGUGACAGCCACCGCACCUGGCCUGUUUUGACAUUCUUAAUGAUCUUAAUAAUUUGGCAUCUGAAAGUCUGAAACCGUGUCAGUAUUCUUAGUCAAAAAGAACAAGUUCUUCAACCACUUGCGUAGUACCCCAAAUUAUAUUCAAGUCCCUGUGACUCCAAUGCUUGGAGAAGUCAUUGAUAUGAUUUGAUUAAUGUUGUAACUUUGAAUUUCCUAACUUUCUCAGUGGCAUAGAUUCUAAGCCACUUCCAUGUGCUUUCAGAUGGCAUCUUAAUAGAUUAGUGUUGAGGUUAUUUUAAUGUCCAUAAACAAGAAAGGUCUGGGAACAAUCUGUAUGAUUUUUCUUUCACAUUUUCUUAUCUUUGCUACUGGAGGUUAACUGUCGUCCAGAUAUGCAUAUGAAUUGUGAAAUGCAAAGAAGCAAACAUUUGGGGGUAGGGGAGUAAGUGCUGUAGUUCUUUUGUUCACUUAUUUUAAUACUAUAGAAGUGUAUUUCAUUUUUUAAAAAGCAAGAAUCAUGAAAACCCUCUGUAUUUUGAUUUAUGAAGAAUAUACCUUCUCUCUGAAGUAUCUCAAGAUUUAUCUUGGGGACCACAAUGGGAUCACAGUGUAAUUGUUUGCUGUUGUUGUCAUGUUUGGAUUUUAGCAUGGUUUGUUAUGCAUGUCAGUGGCCUUUGAUUUCAGAAAGAGCUUGGCGAGGGCAGAACACAUAAGGGAAGGAAACCUCUGCUCAAGAGAGUGGCCUGGGAUCACAGUGUCGUCAUUCCCAAUUUCCUUGAAUUCCUUCUUGGCAGACCCUACUGUAAUAUUACACAAAACUGUAAUGAGUGGCCUUCCUUUGGAGGUAACAGAUGCCUUUCCUAAGAACUCAAAAUUCUCUUUUCAGCGUGCUGUGACUUGAAUAUGGAAAUCAUUUUAAUUUCUUCUUUUCUCUUAUGAGGAAAUUUCCAUGCUUGGUUUGUCAAGACAAGAGAAUUCAUUCCUUAUUAUUGAAAUAUUAAUGAACUGAAACACGUUGAAGCAAGUAAAAAAUCAAAAUUAGGUUGGUUUAUCUUAAAUAGUUAAAAGCCUUCCUUAGUACAAAAUAAAUUAAGCGUUGUAAAAUGAAGUUAAUUCAGGUAAUUACUCAGUACAGAAAUCUAACCGUAUAUAUCAUUGGUAUUGCAAUUUAAGGGUAUAAUUAAAUUCUCAGAAAUCUGCAGGACUCACUCUAAUUUGCUUUCUAUAUUUAUUUAACAAGACAGGGAACAAAUAUGUGUCAAUGUGCAGCUUAACAGAGGGGACUUGAAUGGAUAAAAUUAUCUUUAAUUAUCUAGAGCUACCCAGUACUGGGCUUGAAUUUAAUCAUAGUCAAAUGUUUCCUCUGGCAGCAUAAUAUUACCAUACACUAUAUUACCUUAUAAUUGCCAUUACAGUUCCUUAUCAAAAAUGUUAAUUCUUUGCUUGAGCAAAAAUCAGUAAAACCAUAUGUUUGACCCUAAAGUAUUUGAUCAGGGAACAGAAGGUGUGAAUUGGACAGAUCCCCCGAAUAACUUUCUUCAAUCAAGUUGAAAAACCAAACAGCUAUGUAAGUCCCCAGGAGAGCUCUUUUUCCCUUAUCUUCUCAUUUGUUUUGUUAUAAACUGUUUAAAUAGUUCAAAUGGUUGUGCAUGCCUAGGGGAUGAAACAUAUGUAGUAGAAAUGUACUGUUUUAUAAAUAAGGAGUAAAAUUGUUUUAAAAAAUUAA